AUGUUAAGGGCCACGUUCGAACAUCACUUGGUUUCUCAUGGUUUCGUUCUUUCUCCUCAGUUACACCCGAAGACUUACGUGCCCUCUCCCGUUCUGUUUCCCUUCUCCGCGAGAUCCUGCGGUAUCCUCGGCGCCUCCGCCGUUCACAGGAUCACAGGGAACAGAGAAAUACUGUCGCGAAUCGUUCCCGAGGAGUGUUGCUGGUUCGCCGGACAGACGAGACGCGGAGGAGCCAGGACGAAUAAUUUUGUGGUGAGUAACGAUGUUGAAUUUGAAACGAUUUUAGCUGAAAGAAAUAACAUGUUAAGCUAUGAAAAUCUUAAGCGUUUUUCUAAAUGCACCGCAUUCGUGGAUUGUUCGCACCGCGCAACGGACAAAGAAUGGUUCCCUCGCAAUGGUCCAUUGGUACAUCCGUCGGUGCAAGCCUUGCUCCGUCAGAAGGACAAUUAUGAAAGUUUCGGGAACGGACGAGGUAAUGAGAAUUACAUAGUAAUCAACGCGGGAAGUUCCAACAGUAACGAUGGUCCCAUGGAAGACGAAGUCGAGAACGAAACAGGGAAGCAAACAAACCGGAAGCUCGAAGAGGAAGAUUCACCGAAACGUUCAAACGUUUUCCCUGCGAAACAGGAUGACAAUAUUUGA